AUGCAUCUCACAUCUGCCAUGACGCUGUCGAAGAAGACGAUGGUCGUCGCUGGCCUCCCCGUGCACAUCUACUCUGAACGGCACCUGACGGAGCAUAACGGGCCUGUCGCCAUCAUGUUCUUCCUGCACGGCCGCACCGGCAGCGCAAAGGGCAUCGAAGGAAUCGUCGAGGACACCUUGAAGCAGGUCGGCCAGAAGAGGCGUUGUCACUCCAAAUUGGCGUUAGACCUGAUCGUGGUCACAUUUGAUCAACGCAACCAUGGCGACAGACUCGUCGAUGCGCACGCAAAUGGUGCUUGGAAGAAAGGCAACAAUGACAGACAUGCAAUUGAUAUGUAUGCUAUUCAAAGUGAGCAUCCGACUGACAGUUUCGAACAAAACUCAUGUAUCUAUUCGCUAGCCGGAACUGCCCAAGACGUCUCCUACCUCAUUGAUUUCCUUCCUUCCUAUCUCUUCCCUGCCGGUGAGAGGCAGAUAGCCCACUGGCUGGUCGCAGGGAAGAGCCUAGGCGGCCAUUCAACUUGGAUCGCGCUCCGUCACGAACCCCGCAUCAACCUCGCAAUCCCCAUCAUCGCCUGCCCAGACUACAUGAAGCUCAUCACCAAACGCGCCAAGUACUCCGGCGUGCCCCUCGAGCCGCCGUACUUCACUGACAGCCUACGCGCGUACAUCGACAAGCACGACCCGGCACGCGCGCCGUACACCGCCAACGACACCUCGAACCCGUUCUGGGGCAAGAAGAUCCUCGUCAUGUCUGGUGGCAGCGACCCGCUUGUUCCGUUCACGUACUCUGAAGAAUUCGUCGAGGGCCUGAACGUUGGUCCCGAUGGGAUCAAGAAAGUGGUUGUCCAGCCUGACGCCCAACACGAGUGUACGCCGAGCAUGGUCAGCGAGAUGGCAGAUUUCAUCUGGGAGAACUGUCUCAAGGUGUCGGGCAAGGAGUAA